CUGUCACAGACACACGCACUUGAAGCCUCCAAAACAUCUCACACUCAACAACGCAAAACACACAACCAUCGCCAAUCGAAACCCAACAUAGACACAUACACAAGGAGCUCUCUUUGUCUCUUUGCGUGUCGUGCCACUGUGUUUGCAAUGGUUUCGUGGUUCGGUCGUGGCGUGGAGGACGGGUUUGAAACAGGGCCUCUCUGUCUCUGAAUUCUCAGCUUUUUCUUAACCUGUGACGACCUUCCUGAGAAAAUGAAAAGUGAGAGAGAAAGUGCAAGAAAGUGACGAAAAUGAGACGGCUGAUGCUCUUUCGAGGAGUUUUGUUCUGGGUCGACUUUCUAUUGUCAGCUUUUGGUGGCUUUCUCAUGUUUUCUUCUGGGUAUUUUUGGUUGUAUUCAUGACUUUUUAUGCGGCUUUUCAGAGGCUGUUAAUGGUUUCCCGGAAAUGUUUAACUGCUUAAAGAAGCUCUUAUGACUUUUGGCAUUCACAAAUGGCUAUUUUAUAGAUUUCUUAGAGUACUCCUGCAGUAGUGAGGCGAUGUUGUUGCUGGUUAUAUGGAAACAUCAUACUUUUAGAGAAGCUCCCAAGAUCUUUCGCAGUGACAAAUGGUUGUUCAGCUACCUCUCUGAGAGAUCACCCAGUAUUUGGCUCUGAACUGCAGUAAACCAAGCGCUAAGAUAGAUUUCUGUUGGGUGGAUUGAACUUUGUUGAUCUCAUUCCUGCACUCUGUUGGUUAGUUCAACUCUUGAGGCUAACCUCCUUUGGCAGUGGAUAAAUCCUGACAGAAACUUUGGCUUCCUUUUGGGGCAAAUCUCCUUUGGCAAAAGAGACACACGCACAUGUGUGUGUAUGUCUCUCUAUAUAUAUUAUAUUAACAAGUGAAAGUUCAGCUCUGUUGGGCAAAUCUCCUUUGGCAAAGUUACUUAAGUUCCCUUUGGUUGGUUGAUUUUAUUCCGUAGUGGAUGAGAAGAGUUCUUCUGUUUAGUUGUCAUCAAUUUAUCUCGAACUCCAGCCUUGCUUUAGAGCAGAUCUCCUUUGGCAUUCUGCUUGCUAUUUCGGGAAGCUUUACCUCGACCUCUGGGAAAGAUAUCAUCUGGCAGUUGCAAUUCCUUGAUACUUCUGCAGUUGGGAAAAUCUCCUUUUGAAGUUUGUCGUGGGAAAAUUUAUUCUGGUUGAAACUUCACUCCACCCAUCGGGCAAAUCUCAUUUGGCAUUUUGAGUCCACUGUUGACUCCUGUUACCCCUCUGUUGGGCAAAUCUCCUUUGGCAUUUGGAGUCCUCAUUGACUCCUGUUAUCCCUGUAGGGCAAAUCUCCUUUGGCAUUAGAUCUCCAGUUGUAGUGGUGAAAGUAUCCUAUUGGAGAUACUAGCACAUUAUCCGUAUCAAAUAUCACAGAGGAUUGUUGUGGUAAUACUCAUCAUUUCAUCCUUUGGAGACUACACGAACUACCGAGUUCUGUGCUUUCUUUGGCAAUACCGAUCUCCAAAAAGAUCUUGGUUUUUCAAUCAGUGAAGAUUAACCAAGUUUCUCUGGAGAGCUUAUAUUUUUAUUUUGUCCCAGUUUGCAACUGAGGCAGCUGAAGAAUGGAUGUGCUCCUCAGUGACUCUGAUUGGGAGAGUUUUAGUGAGACUGGUAGUAGUGAGGAUCACGAGGAAAAUGAAUAUUUCUAUGGCGGACAUGCCAGUAGCAUAUUGUCUAGCCUGGAGGCUACCAUUGGCAAAAUUGAUGACUUUCUCUCGUUUGAGAGGGGAUUUAUGUAUGGGGACAUGGUGUGCUCUGUAAGAGAUCCAUCUGGACAAAUGGGAAGAGUGGUUGGGAUCAAUAUGUUUGUUGAUUUGGAGACUGUUAAUGGAAAUAUGAUAAAAGAUGUGAACUCCAUGAACCUAUUAAAGAUCCGGUCCAUUUCAGUGGGGGAUUAUGUUGUUUGUGGUCCAUGGCUUGGAAGGGUGGAUAGAGUGGUCGACCGUGUUACUGUUGUCUUUGAUGAUGGGACGGAGUGUGAGGUCACUGCUGUCGAUCAAGAGAAGCUCUUGCCCAUUUCUCCAAACAUACUUGAAGAUCCACAGUACCCAUAUUAUCCAGGACAGAGAGUGCAGGUCAGGCUUUCAACUGCUUCCAAGUCAACUAGGUGGUUAUGCGGUAACUGGAGGGAAAAUCAAGAUGAGGGAACUGUUCGUUAUGUGGAGGGAGGUUUGGUGUAUGUUGAUUGGCUUGCCUCUGUUCUCAUGGGAUGUGAUUCAAAAUUGCCUGCUCCUCCACGUGUGCUCGAUUCAAAAAAGUUGACUUUUUUGUCAUGUUUCUCUCAUGCAAACUGGCAGCUUGGGGACUGGUGUAUGCUUCCAGUUAGUGACCGUAAAGCUAUCAUGGAGCAGGCUUUUCAUAAUGCAUCUACUUGUGAGCUCAUUAACCAGCACAAGAAAUCAGAAAGAGGAUUCAGGAGAAGAAACACUAAUUCAAAAUUUGAGGAAAUCUUUGUUAUCAUAAAGACAAAGACAAAAGUUGAUGUUGUGUGGCAAGAUGGUAGCCACUCUUUGGGCUUAGAUUCACAGACAUUAGCUCCAGUAAGUGUUGUAAAUGAUCAUGAAUUUUGGCCUGAACAGUUUGUCCAGGAAAAGAGUACUUGUGAUGAUCAACACUUGCCUAGUAGUCAAAGAUGGGGUGUUGUGCAGGGUGUGGAUGCAAAGGAAAGGACAGUAAAGGUGCAAUGGAAAACUAUCACUGCACCUGAAGCAAAUAAUUCAGAGGGAGAGCAAAUGGAUGAAAUUGUAAGUGCUUAUGAACUGGUUGAGCACCCAGAUUACUCCUACUGUUUUGGAGAUUAUGUGUUCAGGUUGGUCCAGAAUCAGUUUGAUGAACAAGCUGAUAAAAACUAUCCAAACACAAAGAUUGGCAUGAGUGAGGAAGCUGCUCCGAUAGACGAGAACUGUGGUGGGGAUCAAGACAAGUACACUGAUAAAUGCUACCUAUCUCACAUUGGUAGUGUUACGGGCUUCAGAGAUGGAGCUGUGGAAGUGAGAUGGGCUACUGGUAUUACAAGCACGGUGACCCCUCGUGAAAUUUUCCGGUUUGACAAACAUGAAGGUUCAGCUGGAAUCCCUGCAGAAGAUGACAUUGAGGACUUGAAUCGAGCUAUGAUUCAAAAUGAAAAACAACCUUCUAACCUGAAAGGAAAGGAUUCACUGAAUUUGGAUGAUGCCAGUAAAGGUUGCAAAAAGUACACAAGGGAGUCUAGUUCCUAUUUCCUUCCUCAAGCUGCUAUUGGAUUUUUCACAAGCAUAGCUGCGAAUCUCUUUGGAUCCCAUGAUUCCGCAUCACUUUCAGGUCCUUCACCAUCAGUCUGUAUUUCUGAAGUUGGAAAUGAAUCUGAGAUCUCCCAUGAGAAAGGAAUAGUGGAAACUUGUGACCUUUUCACUAAGCCACAUUCAACGGCUGAGCUGGAAAGAUUUGGAAAGAAAAUUUUGAUUGAGGAAGGCAAAGAAAUUGAGGGGAAUAGCCUUCCACAUUUAAAAGCCAAUGAGACUGCAGAUCAGUUCAGGCAAUUUGACAUGGUUUCUGACUGCUCAGACCACAAUUUUCAUGGUGCCAGCAAGGAGUUAGCAUUAUCUCAGGUGAAAAGAGGCUGGAUGAAAAAGAUUCAUCAAGAGUGGAGCAUCUUAGAGAAAGAUCUUCCUGAAAAAAUCUAUGUCCGUGCGUUUGAGGAAAGGAUAGAUCUUCUGCGGGCAGUCAUUGUUGGUGCACCUGGAACUCCAUAUCAUGAUGGGCUUUUCUUCUUUGACAUUUAUCUUCCUCCAGAGUAUCCUCAUGAACCACCUUUGGUGCACUACAGAUCUGGUGGUCUCCGUGUCAACCCUAAUUUGUAUGAGUCUGGAAAGGUCUGUCUCAGUCUUCUUAACACAUGGGCGGGUACGGGCACUGAAGUUUGGAAUCCAGGGAGCUCCACCAUUCUUCAAGUUCUUCUCUCCCUUCAAGCCCUUGUGCUUAACGACAAGCCAUAUUUCAAUGAAGCUGGAUAUGAUCAGCAGGUGGGAAGAACUGAGGGAGAGAAAAACUCAGUAAGCUAUAAUGAAAAUGCCUUCCUCAUGACUUGCAAGUCCAUGCUGUACAUACUCCACAAGCCACCUAAGCAUUUCGAGGAGCUUGUGGUGGAACACUUCACUCGGCGCUCCCAAAAUAUUGUAAUGGCUUGCAAGGCGUAUAUGGAUGGGGCUCCAGUAGGGUGUGCUGUUGAUUUUCAGAAAAUGGAAGAUAAACAUUGCAAGGGAAGCUCUACUGGGUUCAAAAUUAUGCUAUCCAAGCUCUUUCCAAAAUUGGUAGAGGCUUUCUGUGAUAAGGGAAUUGAUUGCAACCGGUUCAUUGGGCCAGAGAAAUGAACAUGGUGCAAAAGUUGUAAUAUAAAGGUAACCAAGCAAGACAUUUCUGUCAUGUGUAUAAAUAAGACCGUACACUUUCAAUCUGUGUUUGGUGAAAGAUUGGUCAUGCUCAUGUGUAUUUCUGAGGUUGUGGUUGUUUGCCAAAAAAGAAGAAAAAAAGAAAGAAAGAGAAUCUAUGGUUUGUUUGUAUCUGUUAAAAAAUGACUUUGUAAGAUUUGUUAUUCUGUAUUAUACACUGUCUUGCAUACAAAA